AUGGCUACACCCGCCAACCUCCUCCGACUGUGCCUCCGGCCGAAUAGGAGGUUAUCAACCGUUUAUUCUAUCCCCUUCCCACGACCUGCAACGUCCCGACCGCUCUCGACGACACAAUGGCGCGGCAAAAUCAUCGUCCCAACGGAAGAGGAAAAAGCAUUUACUGGCGAGCCCGGGCCGGAUAUUAGGAACCCCGGCGAAUUUCUGGCCGGCUUGCUCGAGGAGGAGGAUAUCACAAAUGAGGAGCGGGAGGAAGCCCAGCGCAUGCUUGCGGACUGGGAGAAGCUAGACCCAAAAGUAAAACGGGAGUACGACACGCUGAGGGAACAGGUGGAUGAAGGCACCCGAGGCUUGCGGGCACUGCAACGUGUAAAAAGGUCGACGUUCUGGCAUGAGGACGAAGUCGACAAUGACAUGUUAACGGACGAAGUGGGCGAGGACGAUUUUGAGGAGGACGACAUCAUGGCCAUGGGUCAUGCCAAGCUCGAGGAACACCGCGAGUUCAGAGAGUACGCGCGCCUAGCCGUGUGGGAGAUGCCAUUACUCUCGAGACUCGCCAAGCCAUUCCAACCACCUACGGAACAAGAAAUUCUACGGUUUCGAUACACAACUUACCUGGGCGAAGUUCACCCGUCAGACAGGAAGGUUGUAGUGGAAUUCUGCCCCUCUGAUGUUCCCGGCCUCACUCCGGCGCAACAAUUAAAGCUUAAAAAGCUUGCCGGGGCCAGAUUCAACCCAGAGAAGGAGAUCGUCAAGAUGAGUUGCGAGAGGUUUGAGCAUCAGGCCCAGAACAAGCGGUAUCUGGGAGAUCUCGUGGAUAAGUUGAUUGCGGCAGCGAAGGACCCUACCGACAUGUUUGAGGACAUCCCUCUCGACACUCGCCACCACAAAUUCAAACCCAAAAUCAGGUUCCCCAAGGACUGGCACGUAACCGAGGAGCGGAAGAAGCAACUUGGCACGAUACGAGAACAAGCACUUCUGUUAGAUGAAAGCAAGCGAAAGGAAGGUGCACUGGUCGACGGCGUGCGGACGAUUCAGGAAGCCUUAAACGUCAGGGUAGACGGACCGGUCCUCUCGCUGAAGGGGCGGCCAACGCCGUCGUUGCGUGCCUCUCGGUAA